AUGAGCGGCCCUCCCCGAAAGCGGCAAGACCACAGUGGAGACAAUGACAAUAACUACUUCGAAGUGAAGCGUGUGAGACUGACCGAUGGAACCGCCAUUCUUCCAAAGAGUGAGACAGUGACUAUCAGAGAGGAGCAUUAUUUAAGAAUGAACGAGCACAUAAGCCACCUCCGGUCUGCCUGCUCUAAAAAGCACAGACAAGUCGGGGAGAUGGACAAGCGGAUAGCAAGCAUGGGCCGAGUCAUCAGAAAAAGAGACACUGACAUCGCAGAGAAGAAUAGGAUUAUUGCGGAUAAAAGCAAGUUCAACAAUGCUUUGCAACUGGUGAACGAAGAGAGCCAGGUGAAGAUUCAUAUCUUGAAAGAUGAUAACGCAAAACUUCAGAAAGAGUUGAAUUCAGUACGCGCAGGAAAUGGCUGGACGGGUUGGUUAGUCAACCAUGGACGUUGCUCGACGACACAGGCGGCAUACGAGUCGUGGAUCCAGGAGCUGGAGCAGCGUGACAAGGCGCAAAAGGCCGAGUUGGUACGCAAGGACCAAGAGUUUGCCGCCGCUCGGGUUGAGUUCACUCGAGAGAUGCGAGAGGCCCGAGACCUAUCGUCGCACAAUACAUUCAAGGUCCCAGACAAUGUGAUUCUAGAUGGAUGGAAGGAGCUGACUUUCAAGAUCCACCAAUUCGUGGACUAUCAUCUCUUCGCAUACCCCAUUAGCGAUCUGUCCGACGAUGCUAUACAAUCUUAUAGACCUCUGUGCCCGGAGCCAGCCAUGUUUCUGACCAACGUCCUUCUGGCCCCAUUACUUUUUGAAGCGGGCAUUUGGUCGUGUCUUGACAAACUCGUUUUCGGUGUUACGGCUGAGGGCUGGGCUGGCAAGUUGGGCAGAGACUACUCGCAGAGUUGCCGGAAUAUCCGGGAGGUCAUAGAUGCUGAUUCAUCAGCAUUGAACGACUACCAUGAUUGGAGAUCCCGUUACGCUCAACUUCUUGAGAAAUUAAGCCCUGUCAGCAAGAAAGAUUUGAAGAUGGGGGCAAAGAAGAUGGCAGAUAGUAUCUUGCGUUUCCAGCCUGAUGCAGACCGUCUUGCAGCUGAACACGAUCUUCGAGAGAUUCUCGCAGAUGCAACUGAUCUCAACAUGAUGCUCCGCAAAUCCAAGGCUGAAUUCAUUUUCACAUUCGACAACAUUGACCGCAAAGACUCGAUCAAUUUCAACCCAAGCCGCAUGCAGCUCCGAAAUCUGUUUGGCCUCACUACAAGGACUAGCUCCUCGAUCCCGCGAGGCAUCGAUCUGGUCAUCUCUCCGGCUUUAGAGAAACGAGGGACAUCAGAUGGAGACAAGUACGACCUCCAAACAAUGUUGAUCAAGCCAGAAGUUGUCUGCAAUGUCAGCGUAGAGCUUGCGAAGCAGGAGGAUGACAAUGUCGCCUUCAACGGCCAGGCUGGCGUCUGCCCGAAGCAAGAGCAGGACAAUGAUGAGGUGAUCCUUGUGAAGGACACGUCGGGACAAGUGAGCUCCGGUGUCAUGUCCCACUCAACUUCAGCUUCUCGUGUGAAAUCGGAGUAG